AUGGAGAGCAUUCAUUUACGGAUGAGUAUGGCUGAAAUGGCGUUUCAGCACGACGAUAUUAUUGACGACAUGGAGUUUGCCAUUCGACGGUUCCCAGAAUGUUGCGAGCAGUUAGUUCCUCAUGUUAUUCGAUUGAUGCGUUCACCCAUUGAAUCGAUUCGAGCUUCAGCUUUCGGCUUUGCUCUUGACAUCAUCACUCAAAAACCUCAGACCCGAUGUCAACUGAAGGAGGCUUAUAUUAGUACAAUGCAAAGUAAUGAUCUGGACGUUGCACGACAGGCUAUCACCUUCUUGCCGGACUUUCGUGAACGUGUGUGUAGUUGA